AUGGGCAAAGGCAAUAUUUCCAGGCCGAAGAAAGGCACAUCCGUCCACUCCCGUGCGGCGAGGCGGGCGACGGCACCCGACAUCGACACGGAUAAGUCGCUGAAGAACGUCAAGGCGCCCUCGCUGGCGGCGGCGCAGAACAUUGGCGACGACGCGCGGCAGGCGGUGCUAGGAGUGCAUGCGGGGAGCGGGAUCAACAAGCGGAGCAGCAACAAGAAGACGGCGCUGAGCGCCAAGGCGCGGCGGCGGCAGGAGAAGAGCCAGGACAAGGCCGAGGCCAUCAUGGACCGGACGGCCAAGAAGGUGGAGCGCAGCAAGGGCCAGGCCCGCGUCAUCUUCUCGCGCCGCAAGACGUGGGACGAGGUCAACAAGCACGCCCUUAGCGUCGUGGCCGGCGGCGGCAAGCCGGGUGCCGUGCCCGUCGGCAGGUUCAUGGCGCCCGACGAGGAUCUGCACGGGGACGACGACGACAACGACUUGGAGAACAACGCCCAGGAGAGGGGCGACGUGAUGAUGAUUGAAGAGGCGCCGAUAGCGUCCUCUGCGUCCAUACCUCCGCCCCCACCUCCGGAUGUCGAGGACGUGAUCCUCUAG